AUGACGACCCUGCUGCCCCUCUCUGGACGGCGGAUCCCGCCUCCGAGCCUGGGGCCCCCCUCCUUCCCACACCACAGGGCUACCUUGAGACUCUCGGAGAAGUUCAUCCUGCUCCUCAUCCUCAGUGCCUUCAUCACCCUGUGUUUUGGAGCAUUCUUCCUUCCAGACUCUUCGAAACGCAAACACUUUGAUCUGGGCUUGGAAGAUGUGUUGAUUCCGCACAUCGAUGCCGGUAAAGGGGCCAAAAACCCGGGGGUCUUCCUGAUCCACGGGCCCGAUGAGCACAGACACAGGGAAGAAGAAGAACAUCUGAGAAAUAAAAUUCGAGCUGAUCAUGAGAAAGCCCUGGAAGAAGCAAAAGAAAAAUUAAAAAAGACAAAAGAGGAGAUUCAAACAGAAAUUCAGACAGAGAAAAAUAAGGUGGUCCAAGAAAUGAAGAUAAAAGAGAACAAGCCACUCCCAACAGUCCCUAUUCCAAACCUUGUAGGAAUAAAUGGUGGAGACCCAGAAGAUGAUGACAUAAGAAAGAAAAGGGAAAAAAUUAAAGAGAUGAUGAAACAUGCCUGGGAUAAUUAUAGGACAUAUGGGUGGGGACAUAAUGAACUCAGGCCUAUUGCAAGGGAAGGAUACUCCACUAAAAUAUUUGGAAGUUCACAGUUGGGUGCUACCAUAGUAGAUGCUUUGGAUACCCUUUACAUCAUGGGACUUCACGAUGAAUUCCUAGAUGCACAAAAAUGGGUUGAAGAAAACCUUGAUUUCAGUGUGAAUUCAGAGGUGUCCGUGUUUGAAGUCAACAUUCGAUUUAUUGGAGGCCUGCUUGCUGCAUAUUACCUUUCAGGAGAAGAGAUAUUCAAGGUUAAAGCAGUGCAGUUGGCUCAGAAACUCCUUCCCGCCUUCAACACACCUACUGGGAUUCCUUGGGCAAUGGUGAAUUUGAAAAGUGGAAUAGGAUGGAACUGGAGCUGGGCCUCUGCAGGCAGCAGCAUUCUGGCUGAAUUUGGGACUCUGCACAUGGAGUUCGUCCACCUCAGCUACUUGACGGGAGACCUGGUUUACUACAAGAAGGUCAUGCACAUUCGGAAACUACUUCAGAAAAUGGAUCGUCCAAAUGGCCUUUAUCCAAAUUAUUUGAACCCAAGAACAGGGCGCUGGGGUCAGUAUCAUAUAUCCGUUGGUAGUCUGGGAGACAGUUUUUAUGAGUACUUGCUGAAAGCAUGGUUGAUGUCAGACAAAACAGACUAUGAGGCAAGGAAGAUGUACGAUGAUGCCAUCGAGGCUAUAGAAAAACAUCUUAUUAAGAAAUCCCAUGGAGGUCUUGUCUUUAUUGGAGAAUGGAAGAAUGGGCACUUGGAAAAGAAGAUGGAACACUUGGCCUGCUUUACUGGGGGAAUGUUUGCACUAGGAGCAGAUGGUUCCAGAACAGAUAAAGCUGGUCACUAUUUAGAGCUAGGGGCGGAAAUUGCACGCACAUGUCAUGAGUCAUAUGACAGAACUGCAUUAAAGCUAGGUCCUGAAUCAUUCAAGUUUGAUGGUGCAGUGGAGGCUGUGGCUGUCCGGCAGGCUGAAAAGUAUUAUAUCCUCCGUCCAGAAGUAAUUGAAACCUACUGGUACCUAUGGCGAUUCACUCACAAUCCCAAAUACAGGCAGUGGGGCUGGGAAGCAACACUGGCCAUUGAAAAGUAUUGCCGAGUCAGUGGCGGGUUUUCUGGAGUUAAGGAUGUAUAUUCCUCUACUCCUACACAUGAUGAUGUACAGCAGAGCUUCUUUCUUGCUGAAACAUUAAAAUAUUUGUAUCUGCUCUUCUCCGAUGAUGACCUUUUACCUUUAGACCACUGGGUGUUUAAUACAGAGGCUCACCCUCUGCCUGUGUUACAUUUAGCCAACACCACACUUUCAGGUAAUCCUGCUGUUCGAUGAAGGCAGCUCCAGAAGGACCAUUCUCACCUGUGUUUUGUUUACAUGGACCACUACAGAAAUUAGUCUGGAGAGGCGGCUUUUGAAAACCUGGACCUCUGAGUCAACAUGACGGGCUGAAACUAUUCCCUGUUAAGACUUUUCAACUUGUAGAUAAAUCAACUUUGAAAUUAUUCCAUUUUAUACCUGACCAAAACAUGUCCUGGUAUGUUUAGGUCAGAGACCUGAUGUGCUCUGAUUCUUCAUGAGGUGGUCACAUGAGACAUGAUGCCUGUCACUACCAUAUUGUUUUUAGAGUCCUGGAGUCCGGAGGCUAGACUUCCUAAGAGCAAGCCAAGAAGAGCGCCUUGCAGGAGUUAAGGUGGCCUUUGGAACCAAUUCUGUAUUUGUUUCCUCCUAGAGUGGAGCAGCUUUCAAAUCAAAUAUUUACACAUUGUUUAUCCUUUUUCCCCCCAUUUUAAUAAUGGAAUGAACUGAGAUAAACAAAAGCAAAAGGAUAGUGUAACCACAUCAGUGACAAGAAGACUCAAGAAAGAAACAGAAGUACCUACCCUGUCUGAAUUUUCAAGUUCCCCCUUGGGCGACCAGACUGGCAACGAUUUCAAAUCCCAAUCUACUUCACUGAAAUUUCUUGGUUAAGUUUAGUUUUCUCUGGGGGCAUGAUCUUAGAAAGAAUGCUCUUCAAGUCUUUGUCUCCAUAUGGAAUCAUUAAAACUGCUCUUUAUCAUAAGCACUUCUUAUGAGCAUGGGUUUGGGAUUUUGUGCAUGUAGUUCAGUUUAGUGUUGGUAGCAUGACAAAAAGUGGGGAAAAUGCCACAGUUUGUUGCCUUGAAAUCUGUUCUAGGAGAAAUACUUAGUUUUGUUGGUAGGAGAUUAUUUUUCUGAACCAAUAAAUCUACCAAGUAAAUUUUAUCCACUUUAAUCUCAUAAAAAAGUUAGUAGGCUCAUUCAA